AGAAGAGCGCGGCCAGAGGCGGUGCGGCGCGCGGCGAGCAGGGGCUGGCCGGGGCGGGCGCCGCGCGGGCCGCCAUGGCCACGGACGAGCUGGCCAGCAAGCUGAGCCGGCGGCUGCAGAUGGAGGGCGAGGGCGGCGGCGAGGCCCCGGAGCAGCCCGGACUGAACGGGGCGGCGGCGGCCGCGGCGGCGGGGGCGCCCGACGAGGCGGCCGAGGCGCUGGGCAGCGCGGACGACGAGCUGAGCGCCAAGCUGCUGCGGCGCGCCGACCUCAACCAGGGCAUCGGCGAGCCCCAGUCGCCCAGCCGCCGCGUCUUCAACCCCUACACCGAGUUCAAGGAGUUCUCCAGGAAGCAGAUCAAGGACAUGGAGAAGAUGUUCAAGCAAUACGAUGCUGGCCGGGACGGCUUCAUUGACCUGAUGGAGCUAAAGCUAAUGAUGGAGAAGCUGGGAGCCCCCCAGACCCACCUGGGCCUGAAAAACAUGAUCAAGGAGGUGGAUGAGGACUUUGACAGCAAGCUCAGCUUCCGGGAGUUCCUCCUGAUUUUCCGCAAGGCCGCGGCUGGGGAGCUACAGGAGGACAGCGGGCUGCACGUGCUGGCCCGCCUCUCCGAGAUCGACGUCUCCACCGAGGGUGUCAAGGGGGCCAAGAGCUUCUUUGAGGCCAAGGUCCAGGCCAUCAACGUGUCCAGCCGCUUUGAGGAGGAGAUCAAGGCGGAACAGGAGGAAAGGAAGAAGCAGGCAGAGGAGAUGAAGCAGCGGAAAGCGGCUUUCAAGGAGCUGCAGUCCACUUUCAAGUAGCCAGGGGCUGUGGGACGGCAUGGCCCUGCGCCGCGCCCAGCCCCGCCGCUGAGGCACCCUGGAGGCCGAGCCUGAAUCCUCAGCUCUGUCUGGAAGGACCAUGCGCAAAACCUAAACCUGCCUGCGAACAGAGCCAGCUGAGGGGUCUCAGCGAGGUGACUCCUCCUGCAGUUCCCCAGGCCGCCACACUGGGCUGGCUCCCUGCCGGGCCCGGCCCUCCCUGGCGGUUCCUACGUCUCUCACACCCCAGCCCCCAGCUGCCCGGCUGCCCUGCUGCCUGCUCCAGCACAGCUCACUGCUCCAAGCCCAGCGCCUGGCUCCAGGGUGCUCCCUGCCCUCCAUACACACCCCUCCCUGUGCCUCUCCCUGUUCACCACCACCCUGCCCAGAGGCCACCUGCGCAUUGCCUGCAGGCUGCACUGCCCCCGGGGCUCCCUGACCCCCUUCCUAGACUAGGAGGGCAACAGAUGGCAGGAAUUGUGGGCAGCUCCCUCGAGGGAUCUAAGAACCGAUCAGAGGCAUGCGAGAUUCCCCACCCCCAGCACCUGUCCCUCCAGCCCUGCCUCCUCUCUGCCAGUCGAGGGGGUGCUUCUAUCUCGGCAAAGGGACCCAGGCCCCUGGCACCCCAUGCUGACAUGGAGACCCCAGUUAUCUGGGGCCCAGCCAGGGCAGGGUGAGGGGGUAGCUGUGCCAAUCUACCUCAUGGGCCCACGCUCUGCUAGCCAUGCCAUGGAUCAUGGGCAGGGAAGGCUCUGGGGGCAGAAACAUCACUCCCCUAACCCCCCUGGAACAGCCUGAGGGUCACAGGGGUUCUGGAGAAAGUAGGGUGGGAAGGAGGGAUGUGCCCCUUGGUGGGGUAGGGAGCCGGUGCCCAUCUCUGUCCUCCAGGAGGCGUCCGAGAAGUGCUUUAAGGGGUUUGCACAGACUGGGCAGUGGGAAGCAGGGCCCCUCGCUCAGCCCUUUCACACCAUCCUUCCCUGGUGAUGUUCACCGCCUUGUCACCAGCGACAGGACCUGUCCCAUCACACCCACCCCCUGAGGAAGCAUGGGGACCCCAGCCCUCCCCGUGCCCAUCCCCAGGCGGGCUGUGGCUACAUCCUACGCAGCGCCCAAUGUGCUCGCUCACGUGUGUGUCCGUCCAUGUGUGUGUCCGUGUCCGUUGCUGUGUCGUGAAGCCGUGCCCGUCACUCAGGCCAAACAAGUGAAUGGCCAUCAAGGCCACAGUUAUGCAGCUUCCAGUGUGUGUCAUGACAGUGUCACUGCUUUUUAAACUCGAUGACUCUUAUUUUAGUAAAAUGCCCCAAGAGUCCACAAGACGUCCGUUGGACUCGCAGAGGUUUUAUUUUUUUGGCCUUAGAAUCUGCAGAAAUUAAGAGGUACUGACCCCAGUGCAGCAGUCUUGGCCCUGGAUUGCGUUUGCCUUAGCAUAUAUGUUUAUACAGAUGAAUAUAAACAGUUCUUUUUCUUUGGGCUUUUUGCUUUUUACUUUUUCCUCCCUUCUCACCCCCACCCAAAAAAGAAAAAAAG